CGAAAUUCAUUUCCACACACACACACACAUAUAUAUAUAUAUAUCACAUCAUAUAUCAAGUGCACAUUAAAACCUUUCUUAUUGUUUUCCCAAGUGCUACUAAAACCCAAGAAGAAAAGCCGAUGAAUUUCUUUAAUCCCAAUAAACCCUCCGCAACGGCUGCAACAAGCUUUCACAUCCCUCCAAACCCACGUCUCCAACUUCUUCCAGAACUUGCAAUCCAACCCUCCGCUUAAAAGUCCCUUUUUUGCCGGAAUUUCAAAUGAAAACAAUAUCAUCAACAGCAGGUCGAAUGGCGGUACUAGUAGUUUCAGUGCCAAUAAUUAUGCUAUGUCAGCUGAGGCUAUUGAGGAGAGACUAGCUGGAGUGCCGGUGUAUGCACUGAGCAAUGGUGAAAAGUUUGUCUUAGUCUCGGGCACGAAUACAGGGAAAAAUCUUGGUUUGUUCUGUUUUAGUGAAGCUGAUGCGGAGACCCUCCUCAAACACAUGAAGUCUGUUGAUCCAUCUAUGAGUUCUGGUUCACAAGUUGUCGCUGUUGCUUUAAGCAAGAUUUUUCAGCUUGAUGUUGAUGGGGUGGCUUUAAGAUUGAUGCCGGAGGCUUCUCAGAUAAGGAAUGCAUUGAUGGAGAGAAAAAAUGCUGGCAUUUCUGAUGAAAGCUUCGCUGGGGUUCCAGUUUUCCAGUCAAAAAGCUUGAUUUUGAGGAGCCAAAAUAAGAGAUAUCGUCCUGUUUUUUUCAGAAAGGAGGAUCUGGAGAAAUCCCUAUCAAGAGCUUCAAAUGAUCAGAAGCAGUUUAAUCCUAGUCUGAGGCGAGGAGAUAUACAGGUUGCUGUUCUUGAGGAUAUAAUACAGGGGAUGAAGGAUAGCUCAGUCUCCACCUGGGAUGAUGUUGUUUUCAUUCCUCCAGGCUUCGAUGUUUCUACUGAUCCAUCCCGACAAUAUUAAGCACACUCAUGUGUCUAGAGCUUCUGUCUGUGGUUUUCGGCAAUUUGUUCUUUCUGGAAAUAGGAUGGGAAAUUGUUACUUAAAGCAACCUGCAGUGAAGGGUGUGGACUGUAGUGAUAUGUGCUGUCCUUUGUUGAGGUUCUCGAAUGCAUUGCAUAUCAUUUAUAGUUUAUUAGCUUCUCAUAUAGCAAUGUCAAAAUUAAAAUCAUGUAAAACAGGAUUCAACUUCUAAAAUAUUUUAAUUUCCUUCUAAA